AUGCUGAGUGAAGGCACAGCGCUGGCAGUGGCUGGGGCUCUAGAGAAGGAUGAACAGCCAGCCAGAGCCCUCUCUGAGCUGGUCGCCACUGCGUGUGGUCCCCAACGACACCAGGGCAUGGACGUACCCUUCAAACGCCUCUCUGUGGUCUUUCAAGAACAUACUCUGCCGGGGACCAUGCUGGGACAGAGGGUGUUUGUGGCGAAGAGGCAGAACUGA